AGAGGGGAGGAAGGGUGGGGAGAACAGCAGAGGAAGCGAGUUGGACUAGGAGGGGCACUGCGGACCGGUCAGCCGGGCCAUCCUCUCCAGCCAGGCGCCGCCAUUCCGCUGCUCGGGGCGUCGCCGCCGUCGCCUCCGCCGCACCCGGGGGCCAUGCUCCCGCCACCCCCGCGCCAGCCUCCGCCCCAAGCGCGCUCAGGCCGCGGCGCCGUGCGCCUGCAGCGGGCCUUCCUGUGCGGGCCGCUGGGCGUGCUGCGGCUGCUGCAGCUGCUGGCGGGCGCCGCCUUCUGGAUAACCAUCGCCACCAGCAGGUACCAGGGGCCCGUGCACUUCGCGCUCUUCGUGUCCGUGCUCUUCUGGCUGCUGACCCUGGGCCUCUACUUCCUCACGCUGCUGGGCAAGCACGAGCUGGUGCCAGUGCUGGGCUCGCACUGGCUGGUGGUCAAUCUGGUGCACGACCUGCUGGCGGCCGCGCUCUACGGCGCCGCCACGGCUGUCAUGAUCGACCAGACGCAGCGCCACAGCUACUGCAACCUCAAGCACUACCGUCUGCCCUGCGCCUACCGCGCCUUCCUGGCGGCUUCCGUGUGCGGCGGGCUCUGCCUCGGCCUCUACCUGCUGGCGGCGCUCUACGGCUGCUGCCGUCGCUACCAGGGCGAGCGGGAGGUGGUGUGAGGCUGUCCCGCGACGCAGCCCGGAGGGCUUCCCGGGAGCAGCGCCCGGAUCCCGCCGCCCCGUCCCGCCCCGCCCCGCCCGGAGCCCUCCUGCCUGCAGCUCCCGCCCGCCCGACGGCAGCGCAGCCGCCGGGUCUCCAGGGCCCCGCGCCCUGGGGCGCAGCCUUUAGGCGGCCCUUCCCCAUCCCCUGCGCAGGGCCAGACGUGGAUGCACGCCGCGUAGAUCCGGGGGAGGCUCCCAAAUUGGAACCAGACAGCUGCGCCACUGCCCCCUCCCUCCGCCCCGCGGCCGCCAGAGCGGCCCCUUGCCCCGGCCUCACGUCCAGCCUCGGGAGCCCCUACAAGGCAGAGCCGGGGACUGGCCUCCCGGGGUCACCGGGGAGCGGCGGGCGAGUUCGGCUUUAGCUCGGGGUUGUGCGGACUUGCUGUGCUGUCUUGCCCGGCCUGUAGCCUUUGAAGUCGUGAGGUGCGGCUGCUCUGCAGGGCUGGGGAUGGCGAGGAAGGGCCUGCAGGCGGUUCCCAUGCCCCGGGGAGUCAUUUCUCGCUUCUGCCGGCUCCACCUUUGGCGUCAGGGUUCGCGGAGGCCGCGCCCCACAGCACACAGACUUCCCAGCCUUCCUGUCACAGGUUUCUGUACACCCCACCUCCCGAUGUCUUUUUUUUAUUACGGCUCCCACAAGGCUGGCUCGAAACUAGGGUGAGGCACACCCCAUCUUUGUACAGACGAGACCGAGACACUGCCUUCGGGGACAGAUAGACCAAGGGACUUGCACCCCCUCUGGAUUCCGAAUUCAGAGUUGUUUACAUUUAAGCUCAGGAGCUCUCCUCGAAGAGAGGGGUUAGAAGCCAAAGGGGUUAGUCUUGGUGCAGUUGAAAGCUUCACAGUGCUUCUUAGCAUAUCAAAAGCUCUGAGAAGUUUCUCCCAACUUAAAAGGAGUUCCAGCUACAGGUUCUUGGCCCAGAUCACUUAAGGUUGCCAGCAGCCUGCAGCUCUCUUGCUUCUUCCUAAGGGGCCCACUCUUAUUGGCUCUGGUCUGCCAGAAGACUUGGGAACCUUUCUUUUCCAGAGUGUUUUUCUAGCAGAGGGAGGCAGAAGAUAAAUGCCUCCUACUAGGAGAGUGAGACACCCAGUGGAGUAGGUAAGGCUAUUCAGCUAGUGUCCCGGUCAGAAGCAGUGGCACCUGUGAGAAAUCCUGAAAAUGACCUCGAGCAGCUGGCAGGAGCAGGUCACAAUCACCAAAGAGAGAAGAACAUUCUCAGCAGCUGAGAUGGACAGCUGGCCCAGCCUCUCCAGUUGCAGGUUCCCAUGUUGCUGACUUCUCCCAGGGCCAUCUACUCUGGACCGGCAACAUCCCUGUGGCUUGGGCUAGCAAAGGGUCUCCUUGCACACCAUCUUACAAUAGAGCCAAGACAGAGGAAGAGUCAUGUCACUUCAUUCUCCUCGGUCUGAGACUUGGGCGCACAUUCCGGAUACCUGGAAUACCAAGCUGUGUACCCAAACAUGGACUUCAGCUCCAGCUUCUGUUCUUUUUCACUUCAGUAAGAUCCCCAUUAAAGUGGCCUUCUCAGCUAAGACCUGGCUCCCGGAAGACUUCUUCAUCAUCCCCCAGCCCCCGGUGCUCUGUGGUCCAGUGACCUCACUCAGGAGCAGCUGUGUCUUGGGUUCCGUGACCUCUUAACCUCACAGACGUGCCUGAACAGCUUAGCUUCACAAACUUUUCCAUGUGCCUUCUGCUUGGCCUCCAGGUGUGAGAGGGACCUGUCCUGCAGGAAGGCACCCUCACACCUGUCCCCUCUCCUUUGGAGUCCCUACAUCAUGAAGAUGACCAUCCACCCUGCCUUGGAACUUCUGGAAAAAGGAGACAGUCUCAUUAGCCCUUCUCUUUGGACACUGGGACUCAGACCAGCCUGAGAUCCCCAUGAGCUGCUCGAAGCCUCAAAGUCUGGGGUCACUUGUCGACUCUGGGAAAGGAGUUCUUCAAGGACCAAGAGAGAGGGUGGUUGUGGGAGGGGUAGUAGGGAGUAUAGAGAGGGGGCCAGUGUGACUUGUUCAGUAGUUUAGAGGUGGCAGCUAAUAAUGCUUUUUAAAAAUAAAGUUUGGUUUGUCUGGUC